UAAGACUCCCGUCACACUUCUGACAACUAGCAAUGAACGAGAUGGCAUCUCAUAGCUUCUUCCUGCUCCUCCCCAUAUCAUUAGCAGUCCAUGCAACCCUAAACCAUGCUCAAGCAAAGCAAUGUUUCAUCGAGGCCAUAUACAGCUUCGGUGACUCCAUAGCAGACACCGGCAACCUUCUUCACGAAGGCGCCGCCGGGUUAUUCGCUCCCAUCGGCAGCCUCCCCUACGGAGAGACGCUGAAGAAGGCGACCGGCCGCUGCUCCGACGGUCUUCUCAUGAUCGACUACUUUGCUCUUAAUCUUAAUCUUCCACUCAUUAAUCCUUACCUGGACGAGAGCUCCAACUUUGAGAGUGGAGUCAACUUCGCGGUGGCCGGAUCGACAGCACUGGACAGCUCAUUCUUCGUGCAAAGGAGCAUUUACACUCCAGUCGCUAACAGCCCUCUCGGUGUUCAACUCGAAUGGUUCAAGACCCAUCUCAACUCCACAUGCUCCUCGCCAACAGAGUGUGCAAGGAAACUUGAGCGCGCACUGAUCCUGAUGGGGGAGAUCGGAGGCAACGACUACAACAACGCCUUCUUCCAAGGAAGAACUAUCGCCGACGUGAAGAGCUUUGUUCCCCUAGUCGUGCAAAGGAUCAUAAGCGCUGCUGAAGAGGUGAUCGACCUCGGUGCAGCUCAACUGGUUGUUCCCGGGAACUUCCCCAUCGGAUGCGCGCCGAGCUACCUCACCAUGUUCACCACCGCGAACGCCGCCGCUUACGACGCCGACAACUGCCUCGAGAACUUCAACUCGUUCGCGGUCUACCACAACGAUCACCUUCAAGCUGCACUCGAGGGGCUGAGACGAGCACACCCCCGGGUGACCAUCAUGUACGCCGACAACUACGAGGCCUUCAUGUAUCUCCUCAACCACGCCGCAGACCUAGGGUUUGACGAGGGUUCCUUGCACAAGGCAUGCUGCGGAGCUGGGGGGCCAUACAACUUCGACAUCAAUCUCAUGUGUGGGUUGCCCGGAACCGAGACAUGCACUGAGCCAAGCAAGUACGUUAGCUGGGAUGGCAUUCACCUAACGCAGGAGGCUUACAGGGUCAUGGCACAGUCACUGAUCAUGCAGGGGUUUGCCUACCCCAACAACCAUUUCCAGGAGCAAUGGAAAUGCUAGUGGCAGCACAAUCCUGCAACACAGUCAAGUUGUCGAGGGUGGUUCACCAGGCAAUCUUCCCUUCACAAGAAUUCUCAGCCAAUUCAGUCUCAGCCAUAUAAAUAUAAUGUAAGCUCUGUAAUGUAUACAAUAUGUGUUGGGAAGGGGAAUAAGACUUUCAAAAAUCAAAAGAAAAUUUCAAACACCAACAAUCAAAAACAUAUGAACU